AUGUUGAGGUCGUCGAGUCGAUCUUAUGUCUGUUGGAAGUGUCUUUCGCACAGCCGAAAUGGCUUGCGAUCUUCGCUUCCAUCGUCUGUGCAAUCUCUGAACAGAAGACAUGAAUACUCUACUGUUUUUCCAGAAGAUGGACCGCGUCAAAGUGCAUAUGGACAAGCCCAUAUUCCCACUUCUCUGCCUCAGCCUUCAGCCGCCACAGAUAAGAGGCCGAUCCGGCAGAGACUACGAAACUGGACUGCUACCAAUGAUCCUGAGAGAGAGGUAACUCACAUCAUUCCAGAUAUUUCAUUCUGGUCACACGUAACCAACAGCGUCACUCGCCCUCAAUCUACUGGCUCCUCUGAGUUGGACAACUUCAAGGCGGAAUCAGUAGGCAUGGUCGAUGGCGUCGAGGCUAUCGCCGAGGAUGAAGCUGAAGUUUCCAUUGUUGGACACAAGAGCCAAACACCUGGUGAUCUUGUUGAAAUGAAACAACCCGGCUCUCGUACACCUCUGUUCGGCAUAUACCUGGGGCACUUCGGCAAUAGGCACCAUUUCUACACCAAUUCUGGCCGAUGGGUUAUUAGCUUGGGCUUCUCUGCCAUAUUUUCCGUUUCCAAUUUCGUCCCUUUCAGCCAACUAAAACCGAUUCUCGACUUAAUCCCCAUGGGUGCUUCUGCCGACGAGUAUGAAGAAUUACGCAACCAAGAAAAAGGUCCUGGUCGAGACGUUGGCGCUGCUUUGAUUGCCAAAAUGAAGAAGUUCAUCUCGGAGGCAGACCAGGCCUACCAGUCAAGCCUCAACAAUCUGGACAGGGCCAGAUCUAUAGUCUCGGAUGCAAAGAAAACCAAGUAUCUCAGCUUGUUUGAGCUGGCCGACUUGCUGCUCCCCCAAGGUCUCAAGCAGGGCAAGCAUUUCCCCCCUCCUGCGUUGUACGCUGUCCAUACAGCUCUUUUGCGCAACGACUUUAUCUUCCGACCGGUAAGCCCGUCGCCCGACUGUCAUAGGAAAGACCACCUUUUCGAGAUCUUCCCAUACCAGGACUUCAUGAUGAUCAACCGCGUGGCUCUCAUGGUCCGUGAACACAUUCACCUGAUGGGAAGGACAGGAGGGAAAAUGUCGGAAAAGGAGCUGGCCAGCACGGCUUUUGGCACAUUCGUUCUGAGAGCACGAGAAAUCGUUCUUGCCAAUCGAGAAAAGCGCGCGUGGACGACGCACGGAAUUCUCGCUCCCACUUCAGGGGUUACUAUCAAAAUCACAGACUGGUCAAGGAAGCAUGCCGAGUUCAUCCGCUUUCUAGAAUGGUGGGCUAGCUACCAUCUAUUUGAGGACUCUUCGCACUUCCAUGCGGAUGGCUCUCUUCUACUUCGGGCCUUGGACCUGUACAAGGAUGUCAGGCUGGAUCAGAGUUGCGCCUGGACAUUUCUACAGGAGUUGGGUAUAAUCUCCCCAUGGGAGAUCCCCUCCCGAUACAAGGUCCGCUUCCCGGAAGUCAAGAUCGAGAGCGGAGGUGGCCUCAUCCGAGAAACACCAACCAAUCUUGAAGACUCGAUUCGGCCGGACAUUGCAGAGGGCGUAAGGAAGGAGUGGACUAACGACACUAUUUUCUGCAUUGACGCUCCUGAGACAGUUCUUAUUGACGACGGCAUCUCCUUAGAACGCACAGAGAAGCCUGACGAGUACUGGCUUCACAUUCAUACAGCCGACCCAGCGUCCGGAAUCAAACCAAAUUCUGAACUAGGCCGGUUCUUGGAGCUGAUUCCCGAGAACAUAUAUCUUCCUGGUCAUUUCCAAGCUAUGCUCCCUCAAGAGAUUGGCAUUGAUAAUUCGGGAGACUACAAAUCCGAGAGUUUGGUCGACCAGUACUCGCUUGCCAAAGGCAGGCCUGCUCUUACUUUCAGCGCAAAGGUAAACGAGAGCGGAGAUUUGCUUGAUUACAAGAUCGCGCCAGGUACCGUCCACAACGUCAAAUACUUGGACCCCGAGGAUGUCAGCCAAUUUUGCAAUGAUCCUCUACCACCUGCCACGUCUGAUCAGACUCUUGUUGUUGGCCAGCUCCCCGACAAAGCAGACGCUCCACCAAACCGUCCCAUGAAAGGGGCAUGGCCAAUCUUCAUAGGAGGCACUUCCGUCACAGUCAAAAUCGGAGAUGUGCCCCUGAAGCAAGAGGAAGACACCGCAGUCUUGCCAGCUGAUCCUUACAUCAAGGUUAGCCACGACAAGUUCAACGGCGCUUCUGUGGUUGGAAACACCAUGGUACUCGCAGGCGAGAUUGCUGCUCGAUGGUGCAGCGACCGCAAAAUUCCUGUUCCCUUCCGACGAGACGCGCAUUCAAAGCAGAACAUGCCCCAACUACUCGAUUACGCCACCAAGGAGCUGUAUCCUCUUGUAUACAGGGGCAUCUCGCCAUCGGCUGCGCAGCGUCAGGAACUAUCACGCAUGACUGGCGGUAUUGAACUAUCUACAGAGCCAGGCCCAUACUUCAUGCUCGGCUUGGACAUGUACACCAAGGCCACCUCCCCUCUUCGCCGCUUCUCUGAUCUCAUUGUUCAUUGGCAAAUUCACGCGGCAUUGGCACAUGAGCGCGAGAUGAAGCGCAGCAUAGACACUGAAGCUGAUGACUUGAACGCCAUCCUUCCCUUCACCGAUGAAACACUCCCCAAUACGCUCUCCCUGCUACGUAUGAGGGAGAAGAUGGCCCGGACCAUAUCUCGCGGUACCAAGGAGUGGAUGCUGAUGGCUCUUGUGCGUGCUUGGAAGUUUGAGAAGACGGUACCGGAGCGGCUAAGUUUCACUGUUGAUGCCCGUUGGAAGCAAGGUGUGUCUGGCAGGAUCGACCUAUUCGACCUAUCGGCCAACCUCAACAUCGAUGGUAUCGAUGGUCUCGUGCUCGUCAAAAACAUCAAAGUGGGGGAUAGGUUUGAUGUUGAGCUGGCCGAUGUGAAUGUUCACUCUCGGCAGAUCUUCGUCAAAGCGCUUAAGCACCAUCCCAAUCCCAAUCCCAAUAGCCAGCUGGCACUGUCCCCGGAUUCCGCGGAGCCAACCCUGGCCUCGUGA